AUGACGGUUCCUAACGAUCCUAGGCAACUUGGAGAAGCCAUAGUUCAGCAGGUAAAUCUGCUCCAUACGUCACCAGAAGCUGCCAAGAGUGUCACCGCAGCAUUGGAAGAGUUUCAACAUCACCCUCGGGCUUUGGAAACAAUACGUCUGCUGCUGUCGAAUCCCUCUGGCACGCCCAUUCAAGCGGAGCAUUAUGCUGCACACACGUUGGCGACCAAAAUCCAGCUGAAGGCAGUUCCUGCUGGAAACGCGGUGCUGAGGCAACUCUCGCAGGCUACGGCAGAUUAUCUCUUACUGAGCAACCAGCAGUUGAAGAGUAAUGGACAACAGACUGCUGACUUGAUGGAAGCUAUAACAUCCUUGCCGCCUAUGGGGAAGCUGGCCAUAUUGUCGCAGCUACCUGAUGAACUGAUGAGUACUAAGCUGUUCCUGCAUGCUGUGGAUCGGGGAGCGGUCACGGACGAUAUGGUGACUAAGUACUGCUCGAAGGUGCUUAGCCUUGUGGAUGAGAUGAGCUCGAAUACUAAGGAUGCUAGUGUAACUGGAGAGUGCAUUGUAGUGUUCCGAAAAUGGAUCAAGCUGGCGAGGUUUUCCAGCAAGGCUCGCAAUCGUCGGUCGAUGGGAGACAGGGCAGCCAACGAGCUAGUGUUGCCGGCAAUUUUAAAUCUGAGUAUCUUCAGGAACGUUCUUGUGGCCUUCCACAGCUCGAGCACACCGGUGUCGGUGAUGGAGCAGUGUGCUUUCGUGCUGAGCGAAUGCUUAUCGGUGACGACAGACACCACUGAUAAGGACAGUGGGAGUUUCGAGAUGGUCCUGGCUAUAGCCGAGGCGAUCGUUAUGUUGGGACGACAGCUGUCAGAGGCUAUCCCGGCAGGCACGGACUCGUUCAUAUCGGAGACUACCAAAUACGACUGGGAACUGAUACAAAGGAGCAAAUUGAUGUGUCGGUUACUAUCCGAGUUUGGCCUCACACACUUCUUCCCGUUGGUUGUUCUGGCCUCCCCUAGUGUUGAACACCCUGAAAAAGAGAGGAUCAAGGCGGUGGUAACGGCUAUACUGCAGUUGGCUCUUCACUUCGUGAGAGUUAGACAUGUGGAGUUGGCGGGAACUGCUCUCGAGUUUUGGUAUUCGGCAUUGAGUGGCUUCCUAGGAGCAUCCAGUCUGGAGGAUGAGGAGGAUGACCUUUUCUUUGACGCUAGCACACAGGGGACUGCUGAGGGCAGCUCUCGAUCGUUGAUGGCGUUAUUAGGAGCUCGAGAACAGCGCAUAGCAGAAAGGGUCUUGCAACAUCAGAAUCAAGAAAUGACGCUGCCCUUCCUCGAACCCUGGUUCAAGGAGCUUGUGCCGGCUCUGCUCAUCGCGAUAUGUUGUCCGGCUGAUAUCGAGAAGGCUGAUCAGGACGAGGGAUUUGAGAUCGAGCCCUUUGUGGAUUUCCGGGAGUCUUGCGCCCAAGUGAUAUCUGAUAGCUGCUCGAUAGUCGAUCCUGAGUGGAUCAUUGAGCAGAUCGGAGAAACACUCUCACAGUGUUGUCAGACGGAUCAGGCCUCUGGGUUGGUCCGUGCUCCUUGGCAACGUGUGGAAGCAUGCAUAUAUGUGCUUACGGCGGUAGCGCCCAAAGCAGUUGCCGGACAGGAUGAGGUUAUACCGGGGCUCUUGCGAUUGCUGCCCAAGUUGGACUAUCCACGUGAGGGACUACCUGCCUUGCUGUUGAGGACGGGAGCUGGUCGUAUAGUACUGUAUACCAGCUGCUACUUAGCUGAGCAGAAGGAGCUGUGUGUAACGCUGCUUAACUUCUUUUGUGAAACUAUUAUACCGGUGCUUCCCACAGUAUCGACUAGUGGUGGUGCCUCUAGGGAUAUUCUUAAACUAUCACAGAAAGUGUGCACGGAUGCUGUUAAAACGGUUUUGAUGGCGUCUCGAAUGAUGUUGGUGCAGAGCGUGGCGACUAAGGAUAGGCAGCAAUGGGAGCACCUUGUUCAGGGCUUAGCAUCGGUGUGCUUGCUGCAAACACUGGAUAUUGAUGCACGAAUUAGCAUUGUUACGGGCAUUGGCUCAGUCUUUGCAGUGUUGCCGGACUGGGAACAGAUCACAGCUAGUUUGGAGGACUUCUGCAGGUUAACGGCUGAGCCCCUGUCGAAGUCUCUACAGGACUAUCGGCCACCACAUAAUAAUAUGGUGUCUGGUCCACCGGCGGUGAAGCUGUUCAUAGCCAGCUUGAGCUGUUGUGGGCACAUUCGCAACGACUACUCCGCCGAUGACGAACCUUCCACUCAUCCACUGCUAGCGAAUCUGGAAGAGUACUGGUCGACUGUCCAGCAGGUGGUGAUGUCUGUCGUUAUAUACCAUCAGGAUCUAUCUCAACAGCUUUGUGUAGCAUUCGGACAUAUCUUCGCUUACACCCGAGAUGUGGCACCUCAGUCGGCAGUUUUCAUACCAACACUACAACUGGUAUCAGAAGCAUUUAGAGCGGCACCGUUGAGCUGUUGGAUGCAGUUGGUGAGAACUUUCGUCGCAUUAUUUGGGGAACUUACGCGGGUCCAUACAGAGUUGGUCAACACCUUGUGUGAUCUUAGUGCUACCUUUGUUGCUCAUAGUUCAUCUUUGCAACAGAGUAACAUGUCGUUGACGGCUCUAACAACUGACGAGAGUAAGAUGGUAGCAGAGACGUACUUGGUGUUGGGGGAAGUGUUGAGAUUUGUGGAUCUGGUGCAUGUGGUACUGCCAGCUGGGUGGUUGUUGCCGACGACCAAGUUGGCCAUUGCAUGUUUAGAGGCUGCUCCUAUUGAUGCGCAAACUCAACCUGCUAUAGCGGCGAUGUUGCACUUUCUGGAACGUCUGGUUACGUGGACGGACCCUCCGCCGAUUAUUCAUGCCGCUGAAGAUACCGAGAGAGUCUGCCGAGAGAAUUGCCAGCUGGUUCGAAUGGCGAUUCUCCAGCAAACGCCAAAGCUAGCGACCACUCUUAGUGCCAAGACCUUUACUACUGAACUGCUAGCCACCGUCAUGCGCUGGCUGUGUGACCCGGUGUAUUCGGUCCGUGUGGCCGCGACGGAGAAUCUCGCUAAUCUGAGCGUCGCAAUGGGGACUUCCUGGGCUGUGGAGAAUAUAAUACCGCACUUACAGGAACUGUCUAAGAAUUCAAACUACUUGUAUCGGAUGACAGCUCUGAUGGGUGUGGUAUCGAUGGCCAACGUCCUCGACGAGAAGGCCUGUGCAGAAUUCCUUAUGCCGUUACCGAGGUCACUUGUCCAGGACUCUGUCGCGAACGUGCGCUUCAAUGUAGCGAAGACUCUCAAGAGCAUCACUUCUCGUGUACCCCGCAGGACCGUGCAGCAUGAGAUUCUUCCUAUUCUUCAGAAGCUAGCACAACGGGACACGGAUGAAGACGUCCGUUUCUUCUCUGCAAACGCCCUUGAGGAUCUACGAAACGCAAAGACGGCUUGA